AUGGCUGCAUACACUCUUACUCUCCUGUGCACCUUGGGCGUCUUUGCCGCUCUUCAGGUUCCUGCCACUGGUUCCCGGCUGGUAAGUGAAAUAGGAGGACCACCUUCAGAGGAGCAACCAUCUCAAUUCGUAAGCGGAUCUGACCAGAUCGAGAUUGUGAACAAGCACAAUGCCCUAAGAAGAGGUGUUCAACCUACUGCCAGCAACAUGCUGGAAAUGAGCUGGAGCAACGAGGCUGCAGCCAACGCUCAGAGAUGGGCCAACACCUGCUCCAUGACGCACAGCCCUGACAGCUCCAGAAAGAUCAGCACUAGCGGCUGUGGGGAGAACCUGUACAUGUCCAGCUGGAAAGACACCUGGAGCAACGCUAUCCAGGACUGGUAUGACGAAGUGAAGAACUGGCGCUACGGAGUGGGAUCUACCGAUGGACAAGUGGUCGGACACUACACACAGGUUGUUUGGUACAGGUCCAACAAGGUUGGCUGUGGUAUGGCCUACUGCCCCAACUCUCAAUACAAGUACUUCUACGUCUGCCAAUACUGCCCACCUGGAAACUACCAGUACGCUCGUCCUUAUCAAGCAGGACCAACCUGCGGUGACUGUCCCAGCGCCUGUGACAACAAACUGUGCACCAACCCCUGUCCCUACACUGAUCAGUACAGUAACUGUGCUCAGCUGAAGCAGCAGUGGGGCUGCAAAAAUGGCGAUGUUGCCUCUUGGUGUCCCGCCUCCUGCAAGUGCACCUCUCAGAUCAUUUAA